CCACGGGGAAUUCGAUUCUUUGAUGACACCUUGUUCUAACAUUUCAGAGAUAAGUUGUUGCACCACCUCCCUCUGACUGUGGGGGAGCUUGUACGCAUUGAUAUAUAUAGGAUUUGUAUUGGGUUUUAACUUAAUGUGGUGUUCAGCACACUGCGUAACUCCAAGCGGCUCGCCUGGUAGAGCAAGCGCCCCCCGAUAAUGUUCCAGAAGCUGGACUAAGGUUGGCUUAAUUUCGGAAUAGUGUGCAACUUUUAAGAAUGCCUCUAAAUUAGCUGUGUCUUGCUCGGGAGAAGCCUGACACGCCGAGGUUAUGCCUGAGACUUGGGCUGAAGGGUAUUCAGCUGGUUCCGGGGCGACAUUUCUCCCAUACACUAGACACUGGCAUAAUCGAACACCGUGUUUUAAGGAUACAGGGGAUCCAGACGUGUUUAUUACCAAUGCCUCUGCAAAACCUCCCUCCUUGACUGUUGCAAGAGUUACCUCCACCGUCACGCGGUGUACGUGAGGAACUCCGUCGAUACACACAUCACUGCCCGCCGGAGGAGCGUUAGGCAAACGGAUUUUGACAAGUUUUGCAGCACGAUCCGGAACUAUAUGAGGACCUUUUACGACUGCCGUUACUGUCCGCCACAAGUCUGCAAUGGUUUCGUGUGGUUUGACCGUAAGAGGUGACACUUGGGCGGUGGCAGUCCCUGAGUCUGUGGUGGGUUGGUCAUUUUCCACCUCUGAGGGUGAGAUUACAGUUGACAGAGGCGAUGAAUUGACCAUCCCCUGUAUGCGUCAGCCUUGAUACACGAUCGCGUUGUUUUCAGGGUUUAUGGUUAUGUGCAGGUCUUUCAUGGCGUUUAAUCCUAAGAUCCCAUCCACAGGUAAAGCAAACCUGCUAGAGACAUAAAAGAAAUCUCGAAAGGGACAUACUUUUUCAUGUAAGCUGACUGUUAGUGGUACUCGCCCAAGGAUUCCCAAAGUGGUGCCCGUCACGCCUACCACAUUCAGGUCGUUCUCUUGGAGCGGCCAAAUUUCCCCACUCGCCUGUCGUGUCAGAGACCUGUAAGCGGGGUCGGAGAUGACAUUGACUGUGGCACCUGUGUCAACCGCUAAGGUGAGUGAAAUUUUGCCCACCUUGCAAGGGAGGGCAAUUAUGCUUGUCCGUCCCAAGGCGGCAAUGACGGAGUCAAGUUGCUCCCAAUUAGUAUUUUCCUUAACCCUAGAUAGGUAUCGCUGGGUCCGCGCGGACCCACGGCUUAUCUACAUUUUGAAUAUCCCGCUCUAUUUCCCAAAGUAUGACGAGGCAGCAGCUGGCGGCGACUCCAGAGCCAGUGAGGAUGAAGAUCUCGAGGAGAGAGGACAUACGUCUCCCUCACUCACUAUUGUCCCCGUAAGAUUGGCAGCAACACAUCAUGGCAAAUAGACGAGCUCUAUCAGACGAGGCAGUCCAGGAACUCCUGAAUGAUGUGACUCUAAACAUCGAGGGUGAUGUCACCGUCAUGGGUGCGGAUGAAGGAUUGAGUCCCAGAGACCUCCUAUUCCACGAGGUUAUCGAUGGUGACUCACCCUCACCUGCUUCACCAUCCUCACCAAAAGAUGAUGAUGUCAUCAUUGAUGUUGACACAUCAACAAUGGAUUAUACCGUGACCCCUCAAAAACCACACGUUUUUGAGGAGUAUAUGUCAGAUGUGGACCUGUCACCUGUUGCAGGCCCAUCAACAAUGCCUGAUCCUGGCCCCUCACAAUACGCAGAACGUCAUCGUUCUGCAAAAAGAAAAUUACUGCCUCGCAUGUCAACGCCAUUACCCAAGAAAAGAGCUGAAAGCACUGUCUCACAACCUGUGCUUGACGCCCAAAACUCCGAUGACACUCAAGACACUAACAACACUCAAGCCCCAUCAACAAAUGGGAACAGAGAACCCAGGACUGAAAGUUCAUCCCAGGAGGCUCCAGCCUCAGAGAAGAUUUUUCCUGUACCUGCAAAUGCACGUAGAGCGCCAGAUAAAACAUACUGGUCGAGAGUACCCCUGCAAACAGCAACACCACAGAUGCCACCAAAGGUAUUGUCUUCACUUGCAACACCAUUGGCAAGAGACGCAUCCACCCCAGCAGAUUUUUUUUACCUUUUCAUUGAUGAAGACAUGAUCCAAGAGAUUGUUAGAUGUACAAACAUUAUGAUUGGAAAGUUAUCACCCAAGUAUGCUAAAGAUUCCACUGUAACUUGUAAGACUUCUGUCGAUGAACUAAAGGCACUAAUUGGUGUUCUAAUUCAGUCUGGUGCCAAACAAGAUUGCCACCACACCUUGGAAGAAAUGUUCAGCCCCCAACAUGGAGCCCCUUUGUAUAGAGCUACCAUGAGUGAAAAGCGUUUCAGCUUCCUAUUACGAUGUCUACGUUUUGAUGACACAAGUGAUGUAAGAGAGAGAGAACAAAGGAAAGCAAGUGACAAAUUCACUCUCUUUAGAAACAUCUUUGAAAAAUUUGUUGGGAACUGCAAGAAGCACUACAUUCCAGGACAGAGGAUGACAAUAGAUGAACAGCUUCUUGGAUUUCGCGGAAACUGUCCUUUCAGGGUAUAUAUUCCAAGUAAACCUAACAAGUACGGCAUCAAAAUAAUCAUGGCAUGUGAUGCUGAUACAUAUUACAUGUGCAACGCUGUGCCAUACUUGGGGAGAAAGCAUGAAGGCCAACGUCAAACUGGCACAGCAAAGCAAGUUACCAUGGAGCUAAUGGAACCAUAUAUGGAUGCUGGCCGUUGCUUGACUGUAGAUAACUGGUUUACUUCUCUACCCUUGCUCAGAGAGCUACACGAGAGAAACACAACACUCGUGGGCACUAUGAGGAGAAAACCGUAUGUGCCAUUGUGGAUGAUCACGAAGGAAAAGGCAAGGCCAAUCAAGACAAGUGCCUUUCUUUUCCAGAAAGAUGCAGUACUAGUGUCAUAUAAGCCUAAAAGUGACAAAAUUGUGCUGUUGCUUUCAUCACAUCACAACCAGCCAGAUGUUGGUGAAAAUGAAAAACCUGAGAUAAUAAACUACUACAACAAAACAAAAGGGGGCGUCGAUGUACUUGAUAGCAUGUGCUCCCGAUACAGUAUCAACAGGAAGACCCGCCGAUGGCCCUUGUGCAUGUUUUAUGGACUUCUGAACAUCGCAGUGGUGAACUCCUUCGUACUCUACAAACUCUCUGGAAAGGCAAGCGGUAAACUGAUACGGUGGAUGUUCAUGCAUCAACUGGCAACAGAAAUGACAAUGCCAUGGGCUACAAAAAGGCUGGAGAACCCUGCACUGAGCAAGUCGCUCAUGGCCAACAUCAUAUCAUGCUUUGAUGUGCAACCCCCACCACUACCAACUGCACCACCAGCUGCCAGAAAGAGGUGUGCGCUGUGCCCAUGGAAGACUGCCAGUAAGUGUAAGACGCAAUGUGAACAGUGCCACAUCAAUAUCUGCCCACAGCACUCCAAAAUCUUCUGUUCAAAUUGCCAGUAA